CCCGCCAGUAUUCCAUGUGAAGCAGAACAGGGUUUGUCAACAUUGUGUGCUCGGGCUAAGUAAUAGCACAAGUGGUUAAAUCUGAAAAGACAAGCCACGAUGUGGAUCCAGGUCCGAAGCAUAGAUGGAAAGAAGACUGUUCGCGUGGAUGACUUAUCAAAACUGACGAAAAUAGAGGAGUUGCGCCAAAAAUUAGUGGAUCCAUUCGAAGCCCCCGUGGAAACACAGCGUCUUUUUUUUCGAGGAAAACAGCUUGUCGACGCCCAUACACUGUUUGACUAUGGCGUCAAUGUGAAUGACUUGAUCCAGUUGCUCGUUACACCAGGGUGUAAAGCUGCAUCAGAUUCUGGAGACAAGAGCUCUGGCUACUCCAGUGCAGGAGAGGAUGGAAACAGCUCAGAUAAGGAAAACCAGAAGCCUCCAUCUCCAAAGCCAGAGACUGCCUCCGGUAGCUGUGAGACAGAAGAUGAGGACUGCUCUGACAGUUUGUAUAAGCUUGGAGAUGUCAUCGAUGCUAGAGAUGUCACCAUUGGGGCGUGGUUUGAGGCAAAGAUCUUGAAAAUUCGAAAGAAGAAAGAUGAAAAAGAAGAGGAUGUUAGUUCAUCAAAAUCAGACAGUAGUAAAACUUCAGCAUCUACAUCUCGGACUAUACUCGGUGAAAAUGCUGAGUUCAAGAGUAUGUUGGAAAAAGAAAAGACGAAAGUGGGUGUUAAGCAUGAAGUGAUGGAUUGUGGUGGAGCGACAACACCAGUGAAACGAGACAUUGCAAACCCAGAUUCACAGCAGGGAGAAGGCAGUCAGGAGGUAAAGAGUGAAAAUACAGACACAAACACAGAAUCUACUCCUGGAACAGCACACUCUAACGAAAAUUCCAAGGAAUGUGUAAAUAGUGAGAAUGACACAAAUGUUGAAAUGAAAAGUGUUGAUGAAAAUGCAAAUGAAAAGUUCGAGUUAUCCAAAGACAUUAUCAACCCAAAGACCACAGAUGGAUAUGUGUAUCAUCUCAUUUUUGAAGGGUACGAGGAAGAUGUGGUGGAGGUCAGCUCAAAUAACAUCCGACCCCGGGCCAGGCAGAAGGUGAAGCUAAGCGAUGUCAAGUGUGGUGAUCAUGUGCUGGUUAACUACAAUUAUGAUGACCAUGCAGAGAGAGGGUUCUGGUACGACUGCAUCGUCUCAGGGAAGCGAGACACACGAACGAUCAAGGAAGUUAUGGGAACAGUUUUCAUCGGUGCUGACCUCAUGCCCCUCGAAGAUUGCAAGGUUCUAUUUGUGGAUGAGAUCUUCAGUAUCGAGAAGGCAGGCACUCAACUCAAUGAGACGCGAGAUGCCGAUAAUCCAGCAAUAUCACCUGCCAAACGUAAGAACAAGCCGGAGUGUGAUCAUUGCCACGACAACCCCCGAAGGAAGUGUAAACACUGUGCGUGUUGCGUGUGUGGAGGGAAGGACAACCCGGAUCGACAGAUCCUGUGUGAUGAGUGCGACCAGGCGUAUCACCUCGACUGCCUCAACCCACCCCUAGAGACAGUGCCCGAUGAUGAUGAAUGGUACUGUCCGUCCUGCAAAGUGGACACCAACAGUGUUGUCAAGGCUGGAGAGAAACUGAAGGAGAGCAAAAAGAAAUCAAAGAUGGCGUCUGCUACUUCCAAAAGCAGUCGUGACUGGGGAAAGGGUAUGGCGUGUGUGGGACGGACUAAGAUGUGUACGCUUGUUCCCCCCAACCACUUCGGCCCAGUGCCUGGCGUUGAGGUCGGCAUGAUGUGGAAGUUCAGGGUACAGGUCAGCGAAGCAGGAUGUCAUCGCCCCCAUGUUGCCGGCAUCCAUGGCCGUGAAGACGAGGGAGCGUACUCCAUUGUGUUGUCAGGAGGCUACGAGGAUGACAAGGAUGAUGGUGACCAGUUUACGUAUACAGGAAGCGGGGGUCGUGACCUCUCUGGCAAUAAACGUACAGCAGAACAGUCAUGUGAUCAAGUACUGACCAGGAUGAACAAAGCCUUAGCCAAGAACUGCAAUGCAUCCAUCAAUGCAAAGAAUGGUGCAGAUUCCAAGGAGGGUUGGCAGGACGGGAAGCCUGUGAGAGUCGUCCGAAACUGCAAGGGAAGCAGGCACUCCAAAUAUGCACCACUAGAUGGCAAUCGUUAUGAUGGUAUUUACAAGAUUGUGAAGUACUGGCCAGAAGCAGGCAAGUCCGGUUUCUUGGUUUGGCGAUACCUGCUGCGUCGAGACGACCCCACACCACCGCCGUGGUCUGCCGCUGGGAAGAAACGUGUCAAGCAGAUGGGAUUUGAGAUGCAGUACCCAGAUGGAUACCAAGAGGCUCAGGCUCUCAAGGAGAAGGAGAAGGAGGCUGCUGAAGCCACGCCCAAAGGCAGAGGUCGCAAGAAGAGGAAGGCAGAGGACUCCCCUGUGAGUACUCCCAAGAAGGCGAAGGUGUCUCAGUUCAAGAUCGAGUCUGAGCAGCUGGACAAGAUCAAGGAGGACAAGGUCAACAAGAAGCUGUGGGAGGAGGUGAUGGAGUUCACCAAGGAGGGGCGGCCGAAAUUUAUCCAGAAGAUAGAGGAGACUUUCAUCUGUAUUUGUUGCCAGGAUGUUGUCGUCAAACCGGUCACCCUGGAGUGCUCUCACAAUGUCUGCAAGUCCUGUCUACAGAGAUCGUUCAAGGCCGACGUCUACACCUGCCCUGCGUGUCGCUUCGAGCUGCCUCAAAAAUACAACAUGCCCGUCAACACCAGCCUCUCCGCUGUCCUCAACCACUACUUUCCUGGCUAUGAAGCCGGGACGAUGAGAUUAACCUAUUUAAGGAUGAACAUCAACAGGUUUACCCUAUCUAUGUCAACUGAAGUGAUCAGGGAGAAGAAAGUGUUAGAGUUAGGAAUUAUACCGUGAAGUAAGGUGUUUGGGUGAUCAGAAGUCAUAACAAGGUGCCAAUAUAUUACAUAUAAUCACGUAGUAUUUACAGGCCUAUUGGACAUUUCCAACCCCUACAGGGAGCAUCCAGCUGGUUUGCAUAUAUAUUGUUUUACACAAUUUGUAUUCAGUUAGUAGAUGCAAUUAUUACAUAAUAGAACUCAUGUCGGUUAUAUAAACAUUUACAUCGGCCAUAUAUCAUUAAACAAUACUACACAGUGAUACACCAACUGUUAUUCCUCAUCAUUUGUAGUCAUGAAUGAAAUUAAUAAUCAUGUUCAUUGUAGGAAGAAUAAUAAUUCUUUAUCCCCCGUGUUGGUGAAUUGAAUUUGCUGUAGUGUCAAUUGAAAGUGCUGAUUAGUUCUGUGUUUAGAUUAGUUAGGCAGCUUAAAUUAAAAAUGAAAUGAAAGAAUGUAUAUAUUUACAUAAUCAUAGUUUUAUCACUUAUUGAAUUUAGAUUUUAUUGACAUUCCUAUUGGACCACAUGCCAUAUUUACCUCCAAAGUUUAUGUUUUAUGUUUUUAUUUAAAUGUUUAAAGCAUUUAUUCUCAAAGUAACCAUCAAGGGAAGAAUUUUCAAACCUUAAGAUAUAUUGAAUGGAAUGUUUACUUCACAUCUAUGGAUGUACCAUCAGCCUCCAAUAAUGACAGGUUGUUUGCUGCAGGAAUUGAUUCGAUCAUUCAAGAGUAACGAUGCGAAAUGUUCGUGAACACUCUAGUACUAAUGAAGGUGGUGCCUGUCAACUAGUCCUUCAACUUCAUUGUCAAGUCAGCAGCUAGUGUGUUGUCUGUUUAUUGAAUUUGCUCUUACUUGCAUGCAUCUUUUUUAUACCUAAAACGCACAGAUGUACAUAAUUUCUGUAUUUUGUUACUUUUAGCCCCAUAUUUUUCAUUCUGUAUAAUCUAACAUAUAUUCAAAUUAGUCCUCUACUCUAGUAUUAUCUGUAGAUACUUAUGAGUUGCCUUCCUUGAGUUUCAUUGCAAGCGAUGUCUUCCAAGAGCUCUCACAUGACCACCUCAGUGUAUACUACAAAUAUAUCCUAGUGUUGUCAGUGAGUUCCAGUAGAGUUUGACUUAUUUACUUUUACUCCUGGAAAGAAGCAUAAGACAUUUCCAAUUUUGUUAUGAAAGAAUCUGGUAGUCCUUAACCUCGAGUGUGGUACACUUCGUUGCUGUACAACCUACAUGUAGGAAUGUUACCACGAGGAAAGUCAAUGUAAACAGUGAGAUUUGGGGGAUAGGGAGUUCUGUUUUAGUUAUUUUUUUAAAUGUAUAGAACCAUUAGAAUCAAUUUCUCAGAUAUUGCUGCUGAGGAGAUCGAUUGUUAAAGCAAUCGUCAGUCUUUUGAUCCUAUGUUUUGAAUCAAUUUCUUUAAUGAUAUAAUGCAUUUUCAGAGGAACAUGGUUUGUGUUAAACCAGUACAAGGUAGGCCUUGAAUCUGAAAAGGUAGAUUCAAGUUUGAGAAGGUGUGUUUGUAUUUGUCAUCAUGAAUCUCAUGUCUCAGUCCUGAACCAGUUACCUGUACUUCUAAUUUCCAAAUUCUGACCUCAGUUACUUUUGUACAGAUGUUGUUUUUUAAACCAGGUUCUCCUCCCGACGUGACAGGCCUUGUGUUUGUGAGGUUUUCAGGUCAAGUCAUGGUGAUCAUGUGCUCAACGUUUUAUAGAGGGAUAUGGAAUGUAUGAUCCGUUUAAUUCAAAGUGCAUAUUUUUUAUGCUAAUUUGUGUUAAAUAAACUCUUCAAACAGCUGUC